AAAUGUCGAGGGUGUUAGGUCUCGAACAAGUGUGCGACGGUAUUUUAAAGGUCGGCCACGUUGAGGCGGCCCUUUUCACUCCUUUUUCCUCGCUCGUGUUCAAUCUAGGGUUUUAGGUUUCCAACUUCUCUUCCUCCCUUCCCUUCUUUCUUCUCUACUCAUCAAUAUUCUCAAUGAGUAACAACAAGGACAACUUCAAUGUCUCAGAUCUCGGUUCCGCUCUCAAUGAGGAGGAUCGAGCAGGCCUCGUCAACGCUCUUAAGAAUAAGAUACAGAGUCUUGCUGGGCAGCAUUCCGAUGUCCUCGAGAAUUUGUCACCUGUUGUUCGUAAGCGCGUUGAUGUGCUAAGAGAGAUCCAGAGCCAACACGACGAAUUAGAAGCAAAAUUUUUUGAGGAAAGGUUGGCGCUUGAGGCUAAAUACCAGAAGUUGUAUCAGCCACUAUACACUCAGCGAUUCAAUAUUGUUAAUGGCGUUGUUGAAGCAGAAGGGGUUCCAAAAGAAUCCGCUACCGGACAAGAGGACAAGGACGCAGCAGAGAAAGGUGUCCCCGAUUUUUGGCUUACAGCAAUGAAGAACAAUGAAGUAUUAGCUGAGGAGAUUACCGAGCGUGAUGAAGGAGCACUCAAAUACUUGAAAGAUAUCAAGUGGUGUAGAAUAGAUAAUCCCAAAGGCUUCAAGCUUGAGUUUUAUUUUGAGACCAAUCCAUUCUUUAAAAAUUCUGUCUUAACAAAGACAUACCAUAUGAUCGAUGAAGAUGAACCAAUUCUUGAGAAAGCAAUUGGAACUGAGAUUGAAUGGUAUCCUGGGAAGUGCCUUACUCAGAAACUUCUGAAGAAGAAGCCUAAGAAGGGAUCGAAGAAUGCUAAGCCGAUCACUAAGACUGAAAAUUGUGAAAGCUUCUUCAACUUUUUUAGUCCACCUCAAGUACCCGAUGAUGAUGAAGAUAUUGAUGAGGAUACAGCUGAGGAGCUACAAAAUCAAAUGGAGCAAGAUUAUGAUAUUGGGUCAACCAUUCGGGACAAGAUUAUCCCCCACGCCGUCUCAUGGUUUACAGGGGAGGCUAUUCAAGAUGAGGAAUUUGAGGACAUGGACAAUGAUGAUGAAGACGACGAAGAUAACGAUGACGAAGAGGAUGAUGACGAAGACGAGGAUGAUGAUGAUGAAGAUGAUGAUGAAGACGAGGAUGAAGAUGAAGGGAAGUCAAGGAAAAAGCCCUCAGCUGGGAACAAGAAGGGUGGACGAGCAGCAGGUGGGGAUGGUCAGCAGGGGGAGAGGCCUCCAGAGUGCAAACAACAGUAGAAAUGAAUUCGAUUGGUCGGUGAGACUGUUUGGUGUUGUCCUCGUCUUUUGAUAGUCCGCGUACAAGUAAUUUUUGGUUGGAAAGAGUGUGGGGGAGGGAAGGGGCAAGUAGGGGGGGAGGGAGGGAAUGAGUUUGCAGUUUCCUAUGGGUUCUCUCUAUUGUCUAUGAUUUUUACUUCAAAAUUUUCUUCCAUGCAUUCUGGUACUUGAAAAGGGGAUUUAGUAGAGUCCAUUCCCUUUCUUUUAUUAUUAUUAUUAUUAUAUUUUUUUUCCAUCAUUUUGUCGCUGGCUUGUGAAGAGGAUAGGUUUUUUUUGCUCUGCUGCGUCGUCGUCUGUUGGGGAAGAAGUUGGGGAUUAGUUUCAAUGUGAAGUUGUUACAUUUAUUGAACCUGUUUGUUGCCUUUUUAUUUAUAUAUUGAGAUCUCUUUUAGUUUUAGUUUUA